UGUGGGUAAUUCAAUCCAAGAUGUCGGAAAGAUACAGCUUUAGUUUGACAACCUUCAGUCCUUCAGGUAAGCUAGUGCAGAUAGAGUAUGCAUUGGCCGCCGUGGCUGCUGGGGGUCCAUCAGUUGGAAUUAAAGCAUCUAAUGGUGUGGUAUUAGCUGCAGAAAAGAAACAGAAAUCUAUACUUUAUGAUGAUACUACAAUCCAUAAGGUGGAGAUGAUAACUAAAAAUAUUGGAAUGAUUUACAGUGGGAUGGGACCAGACUACAGAGUAUUAGUUCGCCGUGCCAGAAAGAUUGCACAAGAGUACUAUCUAAUGUAUAAAGAGCAUAUUCCCACAGCACAGCUUGUCCAGAGAUUAGCUUCAGUCAUGCAAGAAUACACACAGUCUGGUGGAGUAAGACCAUUUGGAGUGUCUCUUCUUGUUGCUGGUUGGGAUGAUGAUAGGCCAUAUCUGUUUCAAUGUGAUCCUUCUGGAGCAUAUUUUGCUUGGAAGGCCACUGCUAUGGGAAAAAACUAUGUGAAUGGAAAAACAUUUUUAGAAAAAAGGUACAAUGAGGAUCUAGAGCUUGAAGAUGCUAUCCACACUGCUAUAUUAACACUUAAAGAAAGUUUUGAGGGUCAAAUGACRGAAGACAACAUUGAACUUGGUGUGUGUAAUGAAAAUGGCUUCCGUCGCCUGGCUCCUGCUGAAGUCAAGGACUACCUUGCUGCGAUCAUCUCUUAAUGUUUCCCUAUUUAUAGUAUGAGAUACCAGUAUUACAUAAACUCACCUAGUUGUUAUACAUCUUUAGGUACACGUACUUGAUACACCUAAAUCUCCUGACAACAUUGCUUAUACAAUAGUUUUAAUCUGGAGCAGUGUUCCCUGUUUCAUGUCAUUCUCAUGAGAUUGUUUGUUAACCAGUAAAAACUGUCAAGAGACUUCAGUAAGAAUGAGACUUCGAUGAAGAAUAUUAUUUUCAAGUGUCACAUGGUAUAAAACAUGAAACCAUUAUGUCAAGUUGGCAUUGCAGUGUAUUGUGGGACUGUUUGAAGGGGCAAAAUAUUCUCCCUAAACCAGUCCCACAUGCCAACUCAACCUUGGAGUGGCUAAUUUGCCAACAGGUUGUACCAUGUAGAUAGCACUACUAUAUUUCAGUUUUACCAUUGUAUGUCCUUUUUCUAGUUUAAUAGCUUGUGGUUUAUAUUUUUCAAGAUGUUAUUGCUAUGACCACAUUUUGUGUAUUGUAUUAACAGUGUCCAUGGUUCAAAAUCCAUAUAGUCAGAUCAUCCUACUAUAAUGUAUAACAAGCAGGUCCAUAUCCAGGAAGUUAAUGAAAUAAAACUACUCUUACUA